AUGCCCAGAGCUAAAAGUCAGCCGGAUCCGGACGACUCGCUAGAAGUUGUUUCUGAAGGAAGCUCUUUGCGCAAAUCGCCGAGACGGAAGAAUCCCACGGAGAAGGUCGCCAAACCAGCGAAGAAAGAAACCAAGAAGGCGCCUCCAAAGAAGCGUGGACCAAAGAAGAAGAAGGACGAGUACGGCUUGCCGCCAGUGCUGCCGGCGAAAACCGCCCCAGAGCCUGUGGAAUUCCCAAAGCUGUUGUCUAGGGUUCCUUCCUUGAAUCACCCAUCAUCCGCCUCUGCUACUCCUGCUCCACGAGGCAAACUCACAGAGAAAGACAUUGUCCUGGCUACCAAUAGCAAUGACCUUCUAGGCUACAUCAAUACGCUCGUGGGCAGUGAAGCUGACGCUCACUUGAACGAAUACAAACGCACGGCUCAGCUACAGAUGGAAAACGAUGCUAGUCUUAUACGGCAAUUGAAAGCGGACCUCCAAAGGAAACAGGAUCUGAUAGAUACGCUCACAAAGCAGGUUCUGCGACUACAGGAUAACGGAGCUGUAUCCCAUGACGCUCAUGCUACGCCGCAAAAGAGACUGGGAGGUGAGUUAUACCAGCUGCCUAUCCGUACUAGCUCUGCGUCGACUCUGAUGAUCAGCCUGGAGGACCUAGCGCUGGAGAUGAAAACAAUCGGUGUCACCCUCGACAUGCUCGAGCUCUUGACGGGUGUCAGAAUCGUGAACUACGAGGAAGACAAAGAGAAAUUCCACUUUGACGUCAAGCAGUCGAGCACAAAUGGCGAGGACGACCCAAGCACCAUCACAGUGGAGUACAAGCUUGUGAUCAAAAAACAAUUCGAACAAUCUGCUGAUGUUAACUAUGUCCCUACAUUCUUGAAACAAGUCCCCUCGUCCAUGAAGAAGAGAUUGAAGCAGAAUCUCCCAGACUAUUUACAAGACACCAGUUCUAUGCAAAGAUGA